AUGUCCCACCCGCAAUGGGAAUUGAGCAUACCUCAAAGUUGUCUGAUCGCAACAGAUCCGGUCAGCCAUGCGCUGAGUUCUUUGUCUUAUUACUGCCGCAAUGCUCUACUAUCCAAGACUUCUUCUGAAGUACAGCAACACUUUGGACGACUAGAUGGGGCACUUGAAGUUUUCACUAGUGUCCAUUCCUCCAUUCUCCCUUCUCUCAAACACUAUCUUAACCUCUUCCUCCUCUCACUCGACCUAGAAGGUGACAAACGCCCUCCAAAUCCCGACAUGAAAUCGCUUGCAGAAUCCAUGUUAGAGCUGGAAAGAACGCUACAUAAUCUGAACGAAUUCAUGGGUACUCUCAGCUCAUUUUAUGAGAAAUACUCUAACGUCUCUCUCUGGUCAACCGAUUAUAUCGGUGACCAUCACUUACAGGACUUGAAGUUCUUUAAAUUUUCUCUAAUCCACCCCGAAGUCCGUGAUUUGGUCCAAUCCGAGCUUGGAGGACUAUUUGCUGAUUGUCGGACGUUGAUCGGAAUAUACAAGCAGUCAGAUUACCUUGCCAAAUCAUUGUAUAGACAAGCUGUACUCGCGUCAACGGCUGCUUGUAAUCGAUCGAUCGAUCAUAUAAUCAAACUAGCGCGACAGUCCGACUUUGCUAUUCUCCGAGACAUAUGGCAAGCGGACACAGACUUGAUGGAUGAUUCCCUGCAAGCUCUGACGAGUGUAACUCGUCGAAUGCCACAUUCAGAACCUGAACGACCGCCUACUUCGGUCGAUGAUGCCGGUGAUCGAAUCCUGAUCGAUCUGAACCAAGAACGCAUCCUUCGACUGGCUCGAUCAGCCAUCCCACUCGUCAAGCUAACCCGAUUAUUCUUGAAUAAGCUGAGCAAAAUGACGAAAGAUGGAUCAGCUUUCAAGUUGAAUCCAGAGCUCGAUUCAAGGACAUUAGACUUCUUGAGUAAAUGUCCUGGGUUGAUUGCUACCCACGUCUAUGAAGUCGCGAUGUCCAUAUCAGCACUUCACGAGAAUAAUCAAAGGAUCGAUGGAUCACUCAUGAGUGCCUCUUCUCUUGAUACCCUCUCCAAUGAACUCAAGUUCAUUUUACUCCUCCUACCUUCUCGUCUCAUUCCGAUCACUCCCCAUUCCGAUCAUUCAACAUCCCCGUCUCAUUUUUCUCUUUGGUCUUGUGAUCUGAAAGCUCUGUGGAGCAAGGCUGUCUCAUCCUUCCUGGAGGCCUCAUCCCAAGCCGAACUCGGAGAAUUGUUUAGAAAUUGGGAAUAAGAGACAUCAUCAACUGCCUAUACAUAAUUGGCAAUAUGGAGAAGCAUGAUGCAGAUCGACGAGUCUGAUCUACAAUAUACCCCUUGACCAGCUAGUACCCUAUACACAAAUGGACUUCUUUUUACCUUUUUUCUAUUAUGUAAUCUUAAUAAUGUUGAACAAGCCAAGGUCACUGGUUGAUCUUUUUUUUAAUCAAUACUUAUCUUAAAAGAACCUUGCAACUAUAAUGUAUCCUGUCUUUCCUUUUGAAUCUUUUUCCUCAAGUUGCUGUUCUCAAAAAAAAAAACAGACACAUAUCAAUGUUCAUUCAUUUUUUUU